GGCUGCCCGACGAACAAGUGCAUAACCACACGUAUGCCGUCUGUUCGGCGUAGUGUUGUUUGACAGUUUUGACGUGGCAGGUGCGUGACAAAGCCUUCGUUUAUGGUAUUCUUUUAGCUCAUUUGCACCCAGAGCUCUAGUGUUUCUUUCGCCAUGGGUUUAACUAUCUCAAGCCUGUUCACGCGCCUGUUUGGCAAGCAGCAAAUGCGUAUAUUGAUGGUUGGCCUGGACGCUGCCGGGAAAACCACCAUCUUGUAUAAACUAAAAUUGGGUGAAAUUGUGACUACAAUUCCUACAAUUGGCUUCAACGUCGAGACCGUCGAGUACAAGAAUAUCUGCUUUACCGUGUGGGACGUCGGUGGCCAAGACCGCAUCCGCCUGCUCUGGCGCCACUACUUCCAGAACACCAAUGGUGUCAUCUUUGUUGUUGAUUCGAGUGACAAAGAAAGAAUUGCUGAAGCUGAGACUGAACUGCAAAACAUGCUACAAGAAGAGGAAUUGCGUGAUGCAGUUCUCCUUAUAUUCGCCAACAAGCAGGAUCUGCCUACAGCAAUGAGUGCCGCUGAACUGACUGACAAACUAGGCCUGAACAACCUACGCAACCGUCGUUGGUAUGUUCAAGCGACAUGUGCCACACAGGGUAAUGGACUGUAUGAAGGAUUAGAUUGGCUAUCCAAUGAACUUGCGAAGAACUGAGUUUCAACAUCGUACUCAUUCUUCAUUUCUGGACUUGUCAAAGCUGAACGCUUCUUAAAUCCAUCACUACUGUACGAGAGGGUGAACUUACAGAGAGACUCUAAGCGCUACAAUGGGAUCAAUCAACUUGUGUUUCCGAAGAUUGACGUGCCUACUUAGUUAUUUAUUCUGAAAAUAUUGUUCUUUUUCUUAAAAUCAGAUGUUUUAUUUAUUAUUAUUUUACCUUUCUGUGAAAGAGUGGCCUUUUUCUUGACAACCAUCUGGAAAUAAUUUUUUUGAAAGUUACGCCUGAUUGUGAAAAAUGUUCGGAUCAAUGUAACAACCAUUAGCUGAUUUUUAUCAGGGUAAAUUGGUUUGGAGUACCCUUCCUCUUGAUCUAUGUCACUUAGAUUUUCUGAAACUAUUUUUAGAGUGUGGGCGGAAGAUUGCCUUUUGCAUCGGGUGUAAUAUUCUUCAAUGCCAAAUGUAUAAUUUAAUAUAAAUUUGUCAGGCAUUUAAUAAUUUUGUGAAUGAACCCUGCUUUGCUAAAUUAUAGAUUCUAGGAAGGGAGGGAAAUGACUGUUACUUAUUGUCCAUUCCUUGUCAUAAAUAUCAUUUAUUGUGUACCUUACUGGAGCAACUGUUUAAUGCUAAAAUCAAUUUGGGAAUGGUUUGAAUAUACAUGCUGUGGGUUGCAUUAAGAAAAAUUGUUUUAGACAUAUGGAGCAAUGAUCAUUAAGGCCAUGAGUGUACCUUGUCCCAUUUAUCAGUAAUAUUGUGAUCAAUGAACCCUCGUUAAAUUUUUUACAUGUUUCCAUGUAUGGCUGAUGUGUCAUAGUUAAAUUGAUUUUCUUCUUCUAACAUAGUGUAUAAAAUCUUUUAGUCGUCAAACAUAGUUUAUUCGAGUGCUGUCCAAAUUAUUGAAAUCAUCAAUGAUUUCCAUUGAGUGAGGAGAAACAUUCUUUGGAAUCCUAAAGCUAGUGUUGUCAUGCUCUCAAAUACAAGUGUGAUUAUCUAAAACACUUUGUAAUAUUCAAAUGGCCUCCUUCAUAGUUUCAUCUUCUUACUUUUUUAAAAAUCUUUUUGUUUUUGCACAAAAUUGUGUGGAGCUAUUUAGUUUGGUUGCCAGCAUUUACAUAGUGUAGUGCAGUAAUAUCCUCAAUUUUACAAUAAAUUUGAUUCCUGUUCAGUAUGGUAAUU